AUGGUGCAACUCCAGCCUAGUGGUCCCGAGUGGCAGGGUUCUCCUCCCAAGCACGGCCAUCUGUCUGAGAUUGACCCCGAAUUCGCGAAGCUGAAGGACGACGCCGACAAAGCCUUCGCUGGGCUGUGGUCACUGCCCCUGGACGAGUUCAAAGCUGCUUGGCUGAGUGCCCCCGUCGUUUUCCCGGACAAUGCUCCUCAACCUGGAAUCGACUAUACGGUACUCGAGCAGGUGGCGCCCGUGCGUGAUGGCACCAAGGUCGGUAUCAGGAUCUAUAAGCCUUUGAAGGCUGAGAGCGGGGCGACUUUGGUUUUGAAAGCACAUGGAGGAGGCUGGGUGGUAGGCAGUCACGAGGUGGAAGAGGUCGAGAAUCGAUUCCUGGCCGCCAAAGGAGGCGUCGUCGUCGUCAGCGUCGAUUACCGCAUGGCGCCGGAAUUCAAAUAUCCUUAUGCCAUCAAUGAUUGCUUUGAUGUGCUUCAAUGGUGCAAAUCCAAUGCAGCAGAUUUGGGCAUCCACCCAAAGCGGAUUAUAGUAGCAGGAGGAAGUGCCGGCGGCAACAUUGCUGCCGUCCUAGCACAGAAAACGAGAGACGAGAGCGUUUCGGGAGUCGUUGGCCAGAUCCUGAAUAUACCAGUGACAUGCCACCCCAAGCACUUCCCACUCAAUCAAUACCCUGGAGGAAGCUAUCAGCAAAACAAAGACGCCAGCGUAGUCGAUGCCCCCAAGAUGCUCUGGUUCUGGGACCAGUACUUAGCUGAAGCGACGCCUGAAGUCUACGCGAGUCCAUUGUUGGCGAAGGACCUCAGCGGAUUGCCACCAGCACUGAUCCAAGUUGCUGGACUGGAUCCUCUUCGCGACGAGGGUCUGGCGUAUGCCGAAGCUCUAAAGGCAGCGGGAGUCCCAGUCACCUUGCACACGUAUAAAGGGCUGCCUCAUGGGUUCUAUAUGUUUCCCCAGUUGAAGCAGAGUGCGGAGUACUGGGGGAAUUGUGUUGACUUUGUGCGUCGCUUGAGCUGGAAGUGA